AUGACCGGCUUCCCUCACCCAACGCCCGUAUUCUAUGGUACAUAUGUCGCAGUGUUUGACCUUGGACUUGAAGACGAUAACCUCAUCGACUUUGGACUUGAGGACAAGCACCAAGCCUACAGGUGCGUUCCGGUCAUUCUCAUGGAACAUGUCUUCUCAAUGGAAAAUCUAUGUACCCGUCAUGACACUACGCAUGAGCUCGUCCCCCGCAACCUGCGCCCCAUCUUUCACUAUGAUGCUAAAGGUAGUCCGGUCACCCUCUCCCUUCACAAGCAGAACAGAAAGGAGUUCAUGGGACAAGUGCUCGAUGGCUUGGUCAAGAUGUUGCGCGUGGGCUUGGAGUUCGGGGCCAUUGAGGCCCGCCAGAUUAUGAUUACCAUCAAAAAUGGCCAACACGACCUGGAGCCUUCGUCGUACUGCUACGAGACGAAGAACGAUGAUGAGGCGAGAGAGGCCGAAUGGGCCCGUGACUCCGAAGGGGUUCGCAUUAGGGAUGACAACGGUCGGCUUCGCCACAAGACCGAGGUCGAGUAUGAUGAAUGGCUCGUGGAGACUUUCGGCCUGUUUGAGGAGGGGAGAUACUCAGUCUAUAAGACUCUAUACCUGAUACAAGAGGCAGAGGAGAGGGCGAGGGAGGCAGAGGUGAAGGAGGCAUUCACGGUGGAGAAGGCGUUACGGGACUGGUUGAGGGACCCCGAGAAGGAAGCCGAGGAGGCAGCAGAGUGGGCCGUUGUGAAGGAGACAUAA